AUGGGUGUGAUUUAUUCAGAAGAAGUGGUAGCCACGAACUCCAGUGUCUUGGCAUGUAACCAUAAGCUCUCAGGAGCACCAGAAUCCAGCUUGAAGCUCAUACCCAUAUCAUCGACCACGUCCACUUCGUCUUCUAGACCAAAACUGCCAAUGAUCAGAGCCCAGCAAGUUUGGGCAGCAGAACCAAAGGAAGAGGAACUGGGAAGAAGGGCUGCGCUUCUUGGCCUGGAUGCCGCUCUCUUAACAACAGCAGCCACCACCUCGUCAGCCAAUGCCGGUAUCAUCAAGGAGUAUCUGCAGAAAAGCAAAGCCAACAAGGCACUUAAUGACAAAAAGAUGGCUACAAGUGGUGCAAACUUUGCUCGAGCAUACACGUGCCAGUUCCCUGAGAACUUCAUUGGGUGCCAAGAUUUGGCUAAAGACAAGUUUUUGCCAUUCGUCACUGAUGACUUGGAGAUAGAGUGUGAAGGCAAGGACAAGUACAAGUGUGGAUCCAAUGUCUUCUGGAAAUGGAGAAGAUAGAAAUGACACUCGUCUUCCUUCGUUCAACUAUUCUGAACAAAACUUUUAUUUCCAUCAAACUUUAUGCACCCCCACUUUUUUGUA